CACCAGCAGCAGCAGCAGGCGUGGCCAGGUUGGCAGCAGCCGCCAUACAUUCCUUACUAUUACCCUUCCCAGCAGCAGCAGCAGCCGCAGCUGCAGCAGCAGACCUCGCAGCAGCAGCAGCAGCAGCAGCAGCAGCAGCAGCAGCAGCAGCAGCGCGCGCCGCAGCAGCAGCCCUCACUGCCUGCACCUGGCCAGCCCGUCCACACACAAGUGCCUGGUCGCGGCCUGCCAUACGCGGGGGGAGCCGCGCCCCGCAGCCCCACCCGGCUGGGCCCCGGCGCGCGCCUCUACGGGGCGCCGCGCCAAGGGGGCGCCGCGGGCGUGAUUUCGCGGCCCCGCGGCCGCGUGGGCGGCGGCCAGCCCCGCGGCGGCGGCGGCGGCGGCCAGCGGCUUCGCAGGGCGCAGCCUGCAGCUGCCGAUGACGGCUCUCACGAGUUUGCAGAGGGGCGCCCACAGCCCCAACCAGGCGCCCCUCUGCCGCCGCCAGCCGUGGUGGGCCCUGGGGCCUCUGACCCCUCCACAUCCCGUGCGGCGCCGGCCGGCCCCGCCCCCGAGGACUGCUGA